CUUAACAAUUCAUCUCCACCUCAUAUAUUGACCCAGAAUAAUAUUAAAGCACUCUGCGAAUUCCCCAAAAUCAUCAUCACAAGGGUCUUUCUUUGAUCUUCUUGAUUCUCUCAACAUUUGAGGUCUCUGUUCUGUUCUCACCACUGUGAAAACCAUGAGUUGCUUUUGCUUUACAGCGAAAAAGUCGAGUGAAAAAUCGGUCAGCGAUGACUCUAGUAACACACAGAAGAAGCCUACCAAUCUCACUGUUGCAGAUAAGGUCAAGAGUGAUGACAAAGUAAUUGAGAAAAAAGAAGAGGGUUCUAAGGAUGAUCAACUUGCUCAGGAUGUGAAGAAUUUAAAUUUAAAAGACAAUGUUUCUGAGGACGGCAGCAAUAAGGGUAACCGGGCACUGACAUUCACUUUUAAUGAACUUGAAGUUGCAACCGGAAAUUUUAGGGCGGAUUGCUUUUUGGGUGAAGGAGGCUUUGGCAAGGUUUACAAGGGACACUUGGAGAGAGUAGAUCAGGUUGUAGCCAUAAAGCAACUCGACCUCCAUGGACUUCAAGGAAUUCGGGAAUUUGUCGUUGAGGUAUUGACGUUGGGUUUGGCAGACCACCCUAAUCUUGUCAAAUUGAUUGGAUUUUGUGCUGAGGGAGUGCAGAGGCUAUUGGUUUAUGAGUACAUGCCAUUGGGAUCUUUGGAGGACCAUUUGCUUGCAGAUCUUCCGCCUGGUGGAAAACCACUUGAUUGGAAUACCAGAAUGCGAAUAGCAGCCGGCGCAGCUCGAGGUUUGGAGUAUCUGCAUGAUAAAAUGAAGCCUCCUGUCAUAUACCGUGAUCUGAAGUGCUCUAACAUUUUGUUAGGUGAGGGAUAUCAUGCCAAGUUAUCUGAUUUUGGCUUGGCAAAAGUAGGCCCAAUUGGUGAUAAGACCCAUGUUUCAACUAGGGUUAUGGGCACAUAUGGGUACUGUGCCCCGGAUUAUGCAAUGACGGGCCAGUUGACAUUCAAGUCAGAUAUUUACAGCUUUGGGGUUGUUCUUUUGGAGCUCAUCACAGGCAGGAAAGCUAUUGACCAUACAAAACCUGCCAAAGAACAGAAUCUGGUUGCAUGGGCAAAACCCUUGUUCAGAGAUAGGCAAAAAUUCUCGCAAAUGGUUGACCCAUUGCUUCAAGGUCAAUAUCCGAAGAGAGGCUUAUACCAAGCUCUUGCUAUCGCAGCAAUGUGUGUUCAAGAGCAGCCUAGUAUGCGGCCUGUUGUAGCUGAUGUGGUUACAGCGCUAAAUUACCUUGCUUCCAACAAGUAUGAUCCCUUAAAUCAGCAUGUACAAACCUCUAAAAACCCAUCUCCUCCGAAAGAUGGAAGGGAUGAUGAUGACCAUAGACAUAGUUCUAGUAGUGAGCAUAACGCAGAAGAUCAACAAUAAACUAGGAAGAUAAGAUAGAUUGUUUUUCUCUGUUCAUAUGUGUUGUGCCUAGUUAUCAAUUUUUGUGUCAUAGGAGAGAUAACAGGAACUUUUUCAAAUGUAAGUCUUUCAUGGAAGAAAAUUUUCCUACUCUUAGUAUCCUUCUCAGUGUACAUUUUUUCAUAUACAAAAAAUUUCUUGAUCAUUAAUCAAGUUCAUCAUUUACCAUCUGAAA